ACCACCACCUCGUCUUGCGCCCACGUGCCACGAGCAACGCAUAGCACUCUCCGGCCAGCGAGCAGAUUCCCACCAGCUCACCCAAGCCAUGGCAGGCCCCGCCGCGCGCCACUGGGAACAGAACAAGGAAGCCACCGUCUACGUCGGCAACAUCCACGAAGAUGUGACGCAGCAGCUCUUGACCGAGCUCAUGAACCACCACGGCCGCGUGCGCACCAUCAACAUGCCCGUCGACCGCGUCAAUGGCAAGCACCAGGGCUUCGGCUUCGUCGAGUUCGCGACCGAGAGCGACGCCGAGUACGUCAUCUCCAUCCUCAACGGCACGCGCCUCUACAACAACGCGAUCCGCAUGAACAAGGCUUCUGCAGACAAGGCAAAGAGCGUCGAGGUUGGCGCGGAGCUGUUCAUCGGCAACCUCGACCACGGCGUCGACGAGCGGUCGCUGUACGACACGUUCCUGCGUUUCGGCCAGCUUGUCAACGCCCCCAAGAUUGCGCGCGACGAGCUGGGACUUUCCAAGGGCUAUGGCUUCGUUUCCUACGCCGACUUUGAUGCCUCGGAUGCAGCCAUCGCGAACAUGCACGGCCAGUACAUGCAGGGCAAGCAGAUAUCCGUGCAAUAUGCCUACAAGAAGGACGGCCAGGGCGCGCGCCACGGAGACGACGCGGAGCGUUUGCUUGCCAAACAAGCAAAGGCGCACGGUGUCGCUCCCGCGGUGCAGCCCCUUCCCGCCCAUCUCUUCCAGGCACCCCCGCCACAGGCUCCCACAGGACCCCGUGCCCCUGGCAUGCCGAAUGCACCAAGCGGGUACGCAGGACCACCCCCGCGGGGCCCGCCCCAAGCCCCGCCGCCCUCUCUUCCACCGCUGCCAUCCGGUCUGCCUGCGAGGCCUCCCAGCGGUGCCCCGCCCACGAAUUUCUACCCUCCACCGCCCGGCUUCCCUGGAGGCCCUCCUCCGCCGGGCUUCGUACAACCUCCUCCAGGUUUUGGAAGAUAGAUGUACGGCAACUCAACAUGCAUGGAAUGGCGUUAUGAACUUUGACUAGAUGAGAUACCCAAUCAGAAGAAUCAUUUCAAUCACAACAGUCCCAUGCCCGAAUCCAGUAAAUCUGGGGUGUUGUGGAGCUGGUGCUGUGAAUGCUGCAGACAAAACACAGCUGAUGCCUCGGGCUAGGUAGGCGUGAAGUGUACAUUGAGGCAACCCACUCACGGGAGAGGCAUGUUCUAGCGAUUGCACUUGAUGAGUGCGAGAAGAUGGGCUGAUGUGGGUAUCAUCACAUGUCGAAGCGAACAGUCCUUUGUGCGCAUAGUACAGAUGUCAGACUGGCGACACUGCUAUACGUCAAACAGGAUGUGAACACGACUAAUUGGAAAGCAAAGCAGUUUUUGAAUUGAAUGAG